CUGAACGCAUCACUAGAUGAGCGCAGCUCUGUUCAGUGCUGGCUUCUCUCCGUCCUCCAUCAAAGCCCAGCUCCAUCCACGGCGCAGGCCCGAAGUAGCGCAGCCGCUCUGAGUUGUACUGUGGAUCUAGCAUCGUAGAGUCGGUGGCUAAAAAUGGAGGAACACUCUGUGAACCCGACAGAACACAUGACCACCAUCGAAGCGAGCGCUGUCAGUCAACAGGUACACGUGACCACCUACACAGACACCGCUAUGUUGAGCGCAGAGGAAGACUCGACAUCUUCUCCAGACGAUGACCCAUACGAUGACACAGACAUCCUCAAUUCAGCCGGCACAGAUGAGGUCACUGCUCACCUUGCUGCUGCAGGUCCAGUAGGUAUGGCUGCUGCUGCUGCGGUUGCAACAGGAAAGAAACGAAAAAGACCUCACAUCUUUGAGUCAAAUCCUUCUAUCCGCAAAAGGCAGCAAACCCGUCUGCUCAGGAAACUGCGGGCAACACUGGACGAGUACACCACCAGAGUGGGUCAACAGGCCAUAGUGCUCUGUGUGUCUCCCUCCAAACCGAAUCCGGUUUUUAAAGUGUUCGGCGCUGCCCCUUUAGAGAACGUAGUUAGAAAGUAUAAGAGCAUGAUGCUGGAGGACCUAGAAAAUGCCCUGGCUGAGCACGCGCCUGCUGGUGGAGAGCUGGCCUCAGAACUGCCGCCUCUCACCAUUGACGGCAUCCCAGUCUCUGUGGAUAAGAUGACCCAGGCUCAGCUGCGAGCCUUCAUCCCAGAGAUGCUGAAGUACUCCACAGGCAGAGGGAAACCUGGCUGGGGGAAGGAGAGCUGCAAGCCUGCGUGGUGGCCUGAGGACAUCCCCUGGGCUAAUGUUCGCAGUGAUGUCCGCACAGAGGAGCAGAAACAAAGAGUGUCCUGGACGCAAGCGUUACGGACCAUAGUGAAGAACUGCUACAAACAGCACAAUCGUGAGGAUCUGUUGUAUGCGUUCGAGGACCAGCAGAUAACGACUACAGCCACUGCCCAGCACCAUCUGACCACAGCCCAGAGCAUUGCUCACCUCGUGCCAUCACAGACCGUCGUACAGACCGUCAACAAUCCUGACGGAACCGUCUCACUUAUCCAGGUUGGCACCGGACACACAGUUGCAACCCUGGCUGAUGCUUCAGAACUCCCCGGUGUUACUGUGGCACAGGUCAACUACUCAACUGAUGGCGAGGUGGUGCAGAACUGGGCUACACUUCAAGGUGGAGAAAUGACUAUCCAAACAACUCAAGCAUCAGAGGCCACGCAGGCGGUAGCAUCGCUGGCUGAAGCUGCUGUUGCUGCUAGUCAGGAAAUGCAGCCUGGAGCCACCGUUACUAUGGCUCUCAACAGUGAAGCAGCGGCCCAUGCUGUUGCGACACUGGCAGAGGCUACUCUUCAAGGAGGGGGGCAGAUCGUCCUGGCAGAGACGGCAGCUGCUGUUGGGGCUCUAGCUGGAGUCCAAGAUGCUACAGGAUUGGUCCAGAUACCAGUCAGCAUGUACCAGACUGUAGUGACCAGCCUCGCCCAGGGCAACCGGCCUGUUCAGGUUGCAAUGGCGCCCGUGGCCACGCGCAUAGACAACACGGUCACCCUUGACGGCCAGGCGGUGGAGGUUGUGACAUUGGAGCAGUGACACUAAGGACUUUGGACAGAGUAGAAAACACUGAACAGCCAUCUUGGAGAUUUGUUUCUCUACUGUUUUUUUUUUUCUUUUCUUUUUUUCCAAGACGACCCAUUGUACAAUAUGGAAAAUAUUUUUAAAUGUACCACUGCAGGGGAAGUGAUUAUUGAUGCAUCGUGUUUACUAUGUAAAAAUAUUGCUUUUGUUGGUGAAUUUCAUUUAUCUUCUUAUUUUUAAGCUCUGUGAUGUUGGGUGUUAUGUAUUUAUUUCCUUAAAAUUAACCCUCACUUUAAACCAAGACGUACCAAAAAAAAUUAAUUCUGGAAGGAAAGCCACCACAUUAUCACAUUAUUGUGACCAAUUUUGGGAUGAUGUACAUACUAUCUGACGCUGUUGGAUGAUUUUUUUUUUUUUUAGAAUGUGGUGCCACAAUCAGCAGUCACUCCUGUUCUCGAAUAUUAUCACUGCUGCAGACACUCCCAUAUUUCACAUAAGAUAAAACUAAAUUGAAUUAUGCUGUCUUAUCUUGUGCUUGCUGCUUCCUCUUUUUUUUUUCUUUUUUUUUUUGUCAUAUACAUGCCAAAACUCGCAGUCUCAGGAUAUGCAUCACAGUGUUGUUUACUGCUGGAUUAAUAAAGCCGUCUUGUUUUUUAUUUAUAGGGCUGAACUUGGAAGCGUGCCCUUUACUAUUCUAUUUUUAACAUGAAUUAUUUUGAUCUUGAUCAGAGUCCCUUCACUCAUUGAUGGAAGUCACAUAUGGAUUAAAUGUUACAACAUUUGUAAUGCAGAUUAACAUUUUGUGCAGCAAAAAUGAAUGAAUAAAAAUUGUCUCCAGAAUGAAAAAUUUCUGAAGUAGCUGUAACUCACUUUGAUUCCCACCAAACUUGUAUAAUAAAA